AUGACGCAUCAGGUGAGCACAGGAUCGCCUUUUCUCAAACCUUUCUUUUUGAAAACUCCAGUUAGUGUGGUCAGUCCACUGCGGCAGAGAAGGCACACACUACCAGCCAGCGAAUUCAGGAAUCUCACGCCACAAGAUGCCAUCAGUGUGUUUGAGAUUGAGAGAGAAGCUUUCGUGUCUGUUUCUGGAGAGUGUCCACUCACCCUGGAUGAGGUGCUCAGUUUCCUGGGGCAGUGUCCUGAGCUGUCCUUGGGAUGGUUUGAGGAGGGACAACUGGUGGCAUUCAUCAUUGGAUCGGGCUGGGACAAAGAAAGACUCUCACAAGAGGCCAUGACUGUGCACGUCCCGGACACACCCACAGUCCACAUCCACGUCCUUUCUGUCCAUCGUCACUGUCGGCAGCAGGGCAAAGGCUCUGUGCUUCUGUGGCGCUACCUGCAGUACCUGCGCUGUAUCCCGGGCAUCCGCAGAGCUCUGCUGAUCUGUGAAGACUUCCUGGUCCCCUUCUACCUCAAAGCAGGCUUCAAGGAGAAAGGGCCAUCCGCCAUCACUGUGUCCAGCAUGCACUUCCAGGAGAUGGAGUACUCACUUGGAGGACAAGCAUACACGAGGAGGAACAGUGGCUGCUAG